AUGGAUGGACCCACCGGUUCCACAGUGGGCGGGACUGUAGGUGGGACCGUAGGCGCGGCCUCAGAUUCCCAUCCCCUACGCAAUGGGGACACGAAGCGCCGCAGCAAGGGCAGCCUGCCCUCCCCCGGAUACCGUCUCUCCCAGGCCUCUCUGGAUGGCGAUGCCCCACGCCGUCGCCCUUCCGUCAUGAGCUCCUCCAGAGCGACUGUGACCACGCCCACCACUCCUGGCCCGACGGCCUCUGCCCCAGCCACAGUCGGACCACGCUCCGUAGGGUUUGCGGCAUCGCGUGUGGCCCUGGCCUCCACUUCGUCCACCGGAACCGGGGUCGUGGUGGUGGCGGCAGGAAGCAACAUGAUGGGAGGGGCGGAGCCGACCACGACCGUGACCACGGCUGCAGGAAGUCCAGAUAUCGUACCAGGACUGGACGGAGAUGAAUAUUACAGCUACUCCAACCAGUCCACGUUCAUGCAGCGCCAGCUCGGCGCCAUGCUGCAGCCCGGGGUCAACAAGUUCUCACUGCGCAUGUUCGGCUCACACAAAGCCGUCGCCCUCGAACAGGAACGGCUGAAGAGCGCCGGCGUCUGGAUCAUCCACCCAUACAGCGACUUCAGGUUUUACUGGGAUCUGCUGAUGCUGCUGUUGAUGAUGGGGAACCUGAUCAUCCUGCCUGUGGGCAUCACGUUCUUUAAGGAUGAGAACACUCCACCGUGGAUCAUCUUUAACGUGGUAUCAGACACCCUGUUCCUGGUGGACCUGGUGCUGAAUUUUAGGACAGGUAUAGUGAAGGAGGACAGCACAGAGAUCCUGCUGGAUCCUAAAGCCAUCCGCCAGCGUUACCUACGGAGCUGGUUCGCCGUGGACUUCAUCUCCUCCAUCCCUGUCGACUAUAUUUUCCUCAUGGUGGACCUGGAGGAACGGCUCGACUCUGAGGUGUAUCGAACAGCUCGAGCUCUCCGUAUCGUUCGAUUCACAAAAAUCCUCAGUUUGCUCCGUCUACUCCGCCUGUCCCGCCUCAUCCGAUACAUCCACCAAUGGGAGGAGAUCUUUCACAUGACCUAUGACCUGGCGAGUGCGAUGGUUCGGAUUGUGAAUCUGAUCGGGAUGAUGCUGUUGCUGUGCCACUGGGACGGGUGCCUCCAGUUUUUGGUGCCCAUGCUGCAGGACUUUCCCUCCGACUGCUGGGUUUACAAGAACAACAUGGUGAACGAUUCGUGGGGGGUGCAGUACUCCUACGCCCUCUUCAAAGCCAUGAGUCACAUGCUGUGUAUCGGGUACGGGGCCCAGGCCCCCGAGGGAAUGACCGACGUUUGGCUCACCAUGCUCAGCAUGAUUGUGGGAGCGACAUGCUACGCCAUGUUCAUCGGCCACGCCACCGCCCUCAUCCAAUCACUCGACUCGUCCCGCAGGCAGUACCAGGAGAAGUAUAAGCAGGUGGAGCAGUACAUGUCAUUCCAUAAACUUCCAGCUGAUGUGAGGCAGAAGAUCCACGAGUAUUAUGAACAUCGUUAUCAAGGGAAAAUGUUUGAUGAGGAGAACAUCCUAGGAGAACUGAGCGACCCCUUAAAGGAGGAAAUCGUGAGCUUUAACUGCCGCAGUUUGGUCGCUAACAUGCCGCUGUUUGCUAACGCUGAUCCCAACUUCGUGACGGCGGUUUUAACUAAACUGCGUUUCGAGGUUUUCCAGCCCAGCGACUUCAUCAUCCGAGAGGGAACCGUCGGCCGAAAGAUGUAUUUCAUCCAACACGGCCGAGUGAGCGUCCUCACCCGCGGUAACAAGGAGACCAAACUCAGCGACGGCUCGUACUUCGGAGAGAUCUGUUUGCUGACCCGGGGCAGGAGGACAGCGAGCGUUCGUGCUGAUACGUACUGUCGUCUGUACUCGCUCAGCGUCGACAGUUUUAAUGAAGUUUUAGAGGAACAUCCCAUGAUGAGACGAGCGUUUGAAACUGUUGCUGCUGACAGAUUAAACCGGAUUGGUAAGAAGAACUCCAUCCUACUGAGAAAAACAUCUCAGGGUGGCUCAGUGGCGAGCAGUACUCUGGGUCGGGGGGGUGGUCCUGGACCAGGGGGUGGUACCGGUCCUGGGUCUGGAGGUGGAGCCGGAAGCGGGCGGGGCGGCGCUGGAUCCUGCGACAGCAUUUUAGUGCAGCAGAUUGUGAAGCACGACAGCAUGCCCACUAUGCAGGACGUUGCCAGUGGUAACUGGUUUGGAGGUAUGGGUGGGGCUGGCACAGGGUCGAUGUCCUCGAACCCACGACCGGUGAUCUGGGCUCCGUUAGUUCAUGCCCCCCUUCAUGCAGCGGCCGCCACCUCAAACGUUGCCAUCACCCUCCUACAGCAGCAGCAGCAGCAGCAGGGCAUGUUUCUGCCCUCCCCUCUGUCUAUGUGCCCUACACCUAUACCCAUCUGCCCCUCACCCUCAUCCUGCCCCCUAUCACCACCACGACCCACCAUUCUACCACCCCGCCAGUCCCUCAGCUCUAUUGGUACCCCCAGAGGAGGUCCCACCUCAUUCACCCCUGUUCCAUCACCAUCUACAGCCGGACCUCCCUCUUUUGGAGGAGCUGGGAUCGCCAAAACUCCACCAACCCCCAUAUCAUCAGUCCCUGCGCCUCCACAGUCCAGCAGAACUUUGCACCAGAGUGUGCGCCUCCACAUGGACCCGGGUGGUAUAGCAGUGGGAGGAGCUAAUACGUUAGCUCUCCAGAAAGCCACGCCUCCUUCCUCAGGGGCCAAAGAGGCUCUGAAGCGUCACGUUGGAGGCGGGAGCACACAGGGCCUUCCAUUAUUGGGCCGUCUGACUCAGGAGGCGCGGCAUCUCUCUGCCUCUCAGCCAACCCUACCCCACCGUGGUUGGCCACACCCCCCUCUUCACAGAAAAGCCUCUGGGGGCAACUUACUGUCCACCCCAUUUAUAAUGUCCCAAACUCCAUUUGCAUGUGGUGGCAGUGUGGGGGUGCUGCAGGUACAGAAAUCACCUGUACAGGCGUCUCUGCCCCACCCCUCGUCCUUUACACACAGUCAGCAGGCCCUGCCCCCUCCCGCUGGCUCAUCUCCCCCAAAAACACAGCCCCCAUCUUCUGUCCCAGUUUUACCCCAAACCCAGCGCCAAAAUCCAAUCCCUCCUCGCUCCUCCACUUCCCCAAUUUCCUCCUUUUCAGAUCCCUCUGCUAAUUCUAGCCCUCCCUCACUGGCCCAACCCCAAACCCAAAGUACUAAGCCCUUACCCAUUUCCCCCCCUCAGCCCCAAAGUUCUCGUUCAAAAUUCUCCCAGAGUCCUCCAUCGCCGUCUCCAUUAACCUUCACUGCAUCCACAACACCAUCACACACUCGAACCCCAACCCCUGUUCAUACCCCCUUACCAACACCCACUCACACUCAAGCCCCGUCCCCAAUUCCUACCCCCACUCAAACCAGAACACACACUCCGGCUCAGACCCCAACAAAUCCACCAACCCAAACUCGAACUGUCCAAUCUCCAUCAGUCUUCUCUCCAGCUCGAUCUCCACCCAUCCAAAGUCCAGCCCAAACACCAACCCAAACCCCAACCCAUCCCAUGUCUAAAACUCCCACCACAACCCAAAUUCAAAACCAAUUUACAUCCCAAACUCGAACCGUCCAGUCUCCAGCUUCCUCUGUGCAAGGUCAGACUGUCCUCUCUCCAGCCCCGUCUCCACCCAUCCAAAGCCCAGUCCAAACACCAACUCCAGCUGCAACUCCCACCACAACUCAGACUCCCACAAUGGCCCAAUCUCAGACCUCACCCAAAACCCAAAAAGCAAGCCCAGAUAAAAACCAAACUCCAACGUCUUUAUUUGUACCCCCUCAGUCACAAAAAGCUCUAACGUCACCCACUCCUCCAUCCACCCUCCAACCUCCACAUCAUCCCACCAGUGCCCUCUCUUCCUUCCCACAGUCCUCUUCUCCCUCAUCCAAAUCCCCAACAUCCACCUCAAAGUCCUCUACAACAUGUUCAAAAUCCCCCACGUCCUCCUCCAAACCAACCACAGUCCCGCCUGCAGCACCCAAAUCUACAACAGUUACAGGCGCCUCAAACCUGAGUCAAGUCGCCUUCACUUCAUCCAAGUCUGGAAAAUCAGAUCCGGCCGGGCCGUCAUCUGACACACUGAGACACAAACUUCCUGCUAAUAUGUAAAGCUUGUAGGUACAAACUUAUUUAUUGUGUUAGUGAUUGUAGGGGGUGAGUGAGGGAGCGACGUUGAAACCAAAAUAAAAAGAGGAUAAAGCACAACUGCAGGUUAGACAAUCGAACUGACGUGCUUUUAAUUCUCUAAAAUCUAAUAAAGGCCACGAAGACAACGUGCACCUUAAUGAUGAGACUCCACACUGCCAGAACAGGCUGCUGCAGAACGAUAAGCAGUAAAAUUGUUCUAAAUGUUCAGCUGUGCCCCUCCAGUCACCCUUAAUUCACCAAAGUGUAAAAACAGUGUAAAAAAAGAGUAAAUAAAGUAAAUAAUCAUGAUUAAUAAGAACAUACAGUUUGUGUACUGAUUAGAAGCAAAUCAGUCAUAGUCUCUCAUCUCAGGUGUCUGGUGUUUAGUUCAGGACAACACACACACACACACACACACACACACACACACACAGAGUUGUUAUUGAUGUGUGUACUUAGUGUUUAAUCUGAGUGUUUAACGCUGUGAGUUUCACAUUCUCUGUAAAUUUCAGCUUCUGCUGUGUUUCAUUCCUGUAUUUAAUAUGUACCCUUAUUCUCUUUCACCUUUGUUUGUCUACUUUGUCCACACACACACACACACACACACUUACUGUCAUUUGUGGUGAUUAAACAUUUAUUUAUUGAACCAGGCUGCCUACAGAAUGCAAACUUCGGACCAAAUGAGCUCUAUUACCUGUUAGCACUUCUCUAAGGGAACACUGAGGGGGUGAAGGACUGUGAG